UAUUUUUUUUUAUCGAUUUCACCUUUUUCGGUUGGCCGGUGGCGGUGUUACUCCGAAGGUGGUUAAAAAACAGCAACGAAACAAUUAACCAAAAAAUGGCGAGGUAUCAGAACAUUUGUUAUUUGUCGAGACAUGGAGGAAUGUCUAGAAAGAUCAGCUAUAAAGCACAGACAAGAAGGGGCAGUUACCUGUAUCCAGUGUUUUAUAGCACGACAGCCGGAAAUGAUUACAUGCAUGAGAGCAUCGUGCCAUCGGAUCAUUUCCAGCGCAGCCUGCCAAGGCUUCCCAUUCCCAAGUUGGAGCAAACCCUGGACCGAUACCUGAAGUCCCAGGCAGUACUCAUGACUGAAAGUGAAUGGAAUACAACAAAAAAACUAGCCAAUGAUUUUGCCGGUUCCGAAGGAAUUGCCCUCCAUAACCAACUGAUCCAACGGGACAGCCAAAACAAGCACACAAGUUACAUAUCAGAGCCCUGGUCUGACAUGUACCUGAAGGACAGGAGACCUGUGUGUCUCAACCACAACCCCUUCAUUACCUUCACUGAUGAUCCCAACCCAAAAUACAUGGACCAGCUGAUUCGAGCCACAAACAUGGUGGUGUCCUCGCUUAGGUUUAUGAAGACAUUUAGAGCGAACCUUCUGGAACCUGACGUCUACCAUCUCAAUCCAAAGGAGAGUGACACCAUGAAGUUUAGGAAGUUUGUCAGAAUGCUACCAAAGUCAAUAUCGUUCUAUGGGGCCUACUGGUACAAAGCAUUUCCACUUGACAUGAGUCAAUACCCAAAUCUCUUCAACUCUACAAGAAUACCAAGGCAUGGCAAGGAUGUGCUGUCCCUGGAUGAGAAAGCCAAACACAUGCUGGUGCUGAGGAAUGGUCACAUGUACCUGUUUGACGCCAUAGAUAAAGAUGGUAACAUUGUGGCUCCUGAUGUGAUCAUGGCUCACCUCAAGUACAUCAUGGACGACCCUCGCCUUCCAAACCCCAACGCUCUGGGAGUGUUGACAACCCUCAACAGAGAUAAGUGGGCCACCAUCCGUACUCAGCUCUGCAAUGCAGGUGACAUGAGCGAGUCCGCUUUCUUUUCUAAAGGCAUGUUCAACGAAGGCUAUAUGAAGCUAGUUGACAGUGCACUGUUUGUGCUGGCGCUGGAUGAUCACUCGCCUGAUACACCCAACGCUGUCAGCAGGAACUUCCUUCAUGGGGAUGGCACAAACAGGUGGUUUGACAAGAGCUUCACUCUGAUUCUCACUAAAGAUGGAAAGACAGCUGUGAACUUUGAGCACUCGUGGGGUGACGGUGUGGCUGUCCUGCGCUACUUCAACGAGGUCUGGAAGGAGACAACUACCAAGCCUUUUGUUCACCCUGACACAGUGCCGGCCAAUGUCCACUCUGAGAGGAUCGUACAAAAGCUUGAAUUUGCCAUGGACCCAAAGCUGAAGGAGUACAUUCAGGAGGCGAAGAAUGACUAUGCCAAGACCUGCGCCUCUCUGGACGUGGCCCAUCUGGAGUACAAGACUUUCACGAAGACCUUCCUCAAGGACCACAAACUCAGUCCUGAUGCUAUGCUGCAGCUUGUUAUACAGCUGGCUUACUUCAAACAGUGUGGCAAAACCGCAGCAUCGUACGAAUCCUGCAGUACAGCUGCCUUUAGAAAAGGUAGAACGGAAACCAUCAGACCAGCCACAAAUGCCACGAAGACAGCAUGUGAGAUGAUAGAAGACCGCUCAGGACAGUAUUCAGUUGAAAAGCUUCGUGAGCAGCUAGAGUGGUGCUCAAAAUACCACUCACAACUCACCAAAGAGGCAGCAAUGGGCAAUGGCUGGGACCGCCACCUGUUUGUAAUGAAGUACUAUGCAGAGAAGGAAGGUGUUGAGCUGCCAGGCCUGUACCAGGACCCAGCAUAUGCACGCAUCAACCACAUCAUCCUGUCCACCUCCACCCUGACCAGCCCUGCCGUAGUGAUUGGGGGAUUUGGAGCAGUGACCCUGAAUGGAUAUGGCAUUGGUUAUGCUGUUGAAAAUGAGAGAAUAGGCUUCAACGUCACCAACUACCCACCAGCAACCAAUGUUCACGAGUUUGUACAGUGUCUUAAAGAAAGCUUGGAUGAUAUCUACCACAUUCUGCAGGGAAAACUUCCACGUAAAUGAACACUGCUGUAUUUAGUUUAUUUAAUCUGCUGUUACAAUUGUUCAUCUGAUGGUUCAAUAGGACAUAGUUGACAGUUUGAAAUAUUUGUCUAAAAUGUUUCUUGAAAAAUUUUGGUGACAAAAAAGGAAUGGAACAAAUAAAUACUUUUUAUUAUUAUUUAUAUUAUUAUUUAUCUAAUGUUUCUUCAAAUAUGAAUGCCUGAAUAUAUGAUCUGUGCUGGUCAACGAUUAGGUGGAGGAAUCAUUUUAUUUAUAUUAUUAUUUUUGUCUUCUUUUUUUUACUGCCUAUAUGAAUGCCUGAAUAGACGAUCUCUACUAUGCAACAGUUCGGGCAGAAAAAAAUAUAACAAUUCUGUUAUAUAUAUAAUAUAACAAUAGUGCCAAAGGUGAUGCUUUCCAUACUAUCCCCACCACUGAAAAUAAGAAGGUUAGUAAUGCUGCAUUUUUACUGCAGAGUUCAGAUUUUGUCAACACAUUAAUCUAACUGUCACUUUAUUUUUUUUUGUACCUAGGCAAUAUGUUUGUUAUGUUAUAAAUAAAGUGAAAAGAUAUCCACAAAAGAAUGUUUUACCUAAUUAAAUGUUACUGAAACAGAUUGCAGUAUGAACAUUCCAAGAAACCAAUAGAAAAAAAGUUAUUGAAAAAGCCCUUUUAAUACAAUCGGCAUUGGAAUUAACCGUAAUAGGUGCAGAAAAAAAAACUUUUGUAAUUAAAUUGUAAUUGGACUUUUAGUCCCAUUACUGAACCUAACUGUCAUUAUUCACAACUGACGACAAAUGUAAAGCAAGUUUAAAAUCACUGCAAUCCAAUUUUGGCAUUUUCAUUUUUUAUUUUUUUUGCUUGUUGGGUGGAAUAUUUCAAUCAUUAGUUUGUUUUGAAGAAAGCAUCGUUGUUAUAAAUAUGUUUUAGAGUUCAAUGAGUGUGAUACAUUUUACUUUCAGUGUCAAUUACUAUAUGUUAUUUUAGCAUUGAUAUGCAGUGAAAAUAAAAAUGAGUAUUUUG